CAGAACGCCCAAAACCCUGUUCGAGACUUCGUAAACCCUAGCCACCGUCGUAGCCGCCGCAUUACUCUGAGUUAAUCAUGGGGAAGGGGAAAGGGAAGGUGAAGGAGAACCAAACGAAGAAGAAGCCUGAUAAAAAAGGCGGCAAAAAGAUGGGACCAGAUGCAGUCGCCAUGAAAGCCAAGGCCCAGAAGGCCGAGAAUCCAUUCGAGUCAAUCUGGUCUCGGCAGAGGUUCCCCGUCCUCGGAAAGAAGAAUGAAGGCGGAGAACGCCGCGUCGGUCUUUCACGAUCUCGCGCUGUUGAUAAGAGGAAGAACACGCUGCUUAAAGAGUACGAGCAGAGUUUGAAAGCUUCGGUUUUUAUGGAUAAUCGUAUAGGAGAGCAUAACGAUGAGCUUGGAGAAUUCGACAAGGCUAUAAUUCGAUCGCAGAGGGAACGCCAGCUGAAACUAGCAAAGAAGAGCAUGUAUAAUUUGUCUGAUGGGGAGGAAGAUAUUUAUGAAGAUGGUGCUCUUGGUGGUUCUUCUGUUAAGGAUGAUUUUGAUUCUGGACUAUUGUCUGAUGAAGAUCUUCAAGACGAUGAUCUGGAAGGUGCUGGAUCAAAGAGACUGAAGCAUUUAAACAGAAACAGAUCGGUUGACCCAUCUGGAGAGGAAGAGAGGCAUAAGAGCAAGAAGGAAGUCAUGGAAGAGAUCAUCAUGAAGAGCAAACUUGGCAGGAUGGAGAAAGCUAAGCAGAAAGAAGAAAAGGAGAAGCUGAUGGAUGAGCUGAAUAAAGACUUCAUGUCCUUAGUAGACUCUGAGGCGAUGAAGAGUUUAACUCAACCUUUUAGACUUCAAGAGGAUAAAAAUGAUGAUUAUUAUAAACUUAUGGAUGCUAUGUCAAUGGAUAUUCGUGGUCGUCCUUCUGAGAGGACUAAGACACCUGAAGAAAUUGCCCAAAAAGAGCGAGAAAAAUUAGUGGCUCUUGAGGCAGAGCGUAAGAAGAGGAUGCAAGAAACUGAGGAUUUGAGCGACGGGGAUGAGGAAAGUGGUGGUGAGGAAUCAGCAAAGAGGCUAAGAUCCGUUUCUGGCGAUGAUCUCGGUGAUUCAUUCUCAGUUGAUGAAGAGCAGCCGAAAAAGGGAUGGAUUAAUGAAGUUCUUGAAAGAGAGGAUGGUGUUGAUAAUUCAGAAAAUGAUGAGGAUGAUGGUUCGUCUGAAGAUUCAGAAAGUGAAGGGGAAGAUGAUGAUGAUGAUGGAGAGUCAGAUGGGUGUAAUAAUAAACAGAGAAAAGGUCAUCCUUUAAAGGACUGGGAACAAAGUGAUGAUGAGCUAGAGGCAGAGCUGGAAGAUGAUACUGACGAUGAUGAUGAUGAUGAAGAACAAGAGGAGCCAAGAGUAAAUAAAAAGUCGAAGAAUGACUAUGCUGCUCCAUCUAAAGGAGAAGCGUUAUCUGAAACAGUGAAGCAAAAAACUAAUAUGAAGAAAUUGAGUUCAACGCAGCGUGAUAUUGCUUACGUGAUUGAUGCUCCAAAGAACUAUGAGGAAUUGAUUGCUCUAGUAGAAGAUUGUUCCAAUGAAGAUGUUAUUUUAAUUGUCAGCCGAAUAAGGACGAAUAAUUCAAUAAAGGUUGCAGCUGAAAACCGAAAAAAGAUGCAGGUCUUCUAUGGUAUUCUCUUGCAGUAUUUUGCCGUUCUUGCAAACAAGAAGCCCUUGAACUUUGAGUUACUAAAUAUGCUUGUCAAACCUUUGAUUGAGAUGAGCAUGGAGAUUCCCUACUUUGCUGCAAUUUGUGCUCGCCAGCGGCUUUUAAAAACCCGUGCACAAUUUUGCGAGGCAAUCAAGAAUCCAGAGGAUGGAUGCUGGCCUUCCUUGAAAACAUUGUUUCUCUUGAGGCUUUGGUCCAUGAUUUUCCCUUGCUCUGACUAUCGUCAUGCUGUGAUGACCCCGUCGAUAUUGCUGAUGUGUGAAUAUCUCAUGCGAUGUCCCAUCUCCUCUGGUCGUGAUAUUGCCAUAGGUUCCUUCUUAUGCUCCAUUGUUCUAGUGGUUGCUAAACAAUCUAAAAAGUUCUGCCCCGAAGCCAUACUAUUUAUACGGACGCUUCUGAUGGCUGCUUCAGACAAAAAGUCACCAUCUGAGGAAUCUGAGUUUUACCACUUUAUGGAAUUAAAAUCGCUGACUCCAUUGCUCUGCAUACAAGACCACGUAAAGGAGGUCGUGCCUUUAAACUUUCUAAAGAUAAUGGAUCAGCCAGCAGACUCUCCAUAUUUCAGCUCUGACGAGUUCAGAGCAAGCAUCAUUUCAAGUGUGGUUGAUACUCUUAGAGGGUUUGUGGAGAUAAACGGAGGAUUGAGUUCUUUUCCAGAGAUCUUCAUGCCCAUCUCAACUUUAUCACACCAAGUUGGGAAUCAAGAAAAGAUCCCACAAACGCUUAAGGAGAAAUUAGAAGAUGUCGCGCAGCUAAUCGAAAAGAAAACUGAUGAGCAUCGCAAGCAACGUAAACCACUCGCUAUGCGUAAGCAUAAGCCAAUAGCCAUCAGAAUGGUCAAUCCCAAAUUCGAAGAGAACUUUGUCAAAGGCAGGGAUUACGAUCCAGACAAAGCCCGUUCCGAGCACAAAAAGUUGAAGAAAUUGCUGAAACAGGAAAGGAAAGGAGCAGGACGUGAGCUGCGCAAAGACAGCUACUUCAUGAGCGAGGUUAAAGCAAAAGAAAAGGCUGCACGCGAGCAAGAGAGAGCAGAGAAACAUGGCAAAAAUUGGGCUUUCCUUCAAGAACAAGAACAUGCUUUCAAAUCUGGACAACUUGGUAAAGGCAAAGGCAAGAAGAGAAAGCGUUAAUAACAGUUACUUUUUGUUCUAUUUUUUUUUUUGCUUUACCUCCAACAGUUUUGUUUUUUGUUGGAUAAUAUUGGAAAACUGAUUUACAAAAAUAUUUAU